GCCGAACUGUCAGACCCUAGCCUUUACCAACAUCUAUGAGAGGGUUUUCGGUCUGCAAAAGCUCUGUUUAAGACCAUACAUUUGCAUUGAGUUUAUUUUUGUCAUUUUCUUUCGUACAGAUUUGUUUUCUUAGAGUUUAUACUCCAUCAUUUGCGUCUACUAGGUCCAACAGGUACAAUUAUCAACUUUCUUCCUAAGUAUUGUAUCUCGAAAUGGCUCCUUUUCACUUCCGUUCACGUAGAAAAAAAUCCCGCUCUAAAGAGGGCGUUACGCCAAAUUACGAGUGUUUCGUUCAUGUUACCAUCGGUCAGGCAAGAUGUCUUCUUUCGUUCAACGAAGACGAAUAUGAUGAUCAAAUGCAAAUUAGACUGUGUUUUAAAACAAAACUUAUGCAAUGCUGCACCCCUUACACUCAUCUCACGAAACAAUUUAACUGGGACACGGCUUUACAGUUACCGGUGGAUGCUCAGUAUAAAGUCAAUUUGUCGCUUGUCUCUGAUUCCAAACUGAAAACGAAAUCAAACGAGCUCGGUUCUUGCGAAAUAGACAUCCAUAACCUUUUCAAUGGGAGCGAAAGCUCAACUCCGAACGAACUUCACUACUUAUAUGCUGAUGCGAGCCGCAAAGGAAAUCCUGUUUAUGCUGUUGAACUACAAUGGUCCUUAAUGGAGUCUUCUGCAGAUGCAUCACUUAGCGACACCUCAUCCGUUGACCGACUUUCAGUCCCAUCUUCUCCUCAAUUGCUAGGCACUUCAGACCUAAUGUAUACAACUAACAAUCUGUCUUCUCUUGAUUUGAACUCCUCGAAAGCAGAUCUUGGAACACUUUCAGGAGAUGAAAGACCGCCCUUAAACGAAUUGAAGGGCGAGCAAGUUGAAAGUCUCGGAAUACCUUCUGCUGGAUCCUCUACUUCUUCAAAAAAGUCGAAGUCAAACACUUUAGACGGGUUUCAGUUUUCUGCGGAUGGCGAGCUACUUGGCUUUAUGUACAUUGAAGUCAAUUCUGCAAAGAAUCUACCACCUUUGCCUAAUGCACUUCACACAGGUUUUGAUAUGGAUCCCUUCGUCAUUGUUUCUUUCGCACACAACACGUCUCGGACGCGCGUUAUUAAGCACGAACUCAAUCCGGUUUUUCACUCAAGAUUUUUGUUUGAGGUUGGUGCGUUGGAGAAGAAUUAUGAUAUUGUGUUUAAAGUCGUGGAUCGCGAUAAAGUUUCGUUAAACGACUCCGUUGGAACUGUGUCGUACAAUGUGCAGAAUUUCAUACGCCGGAGUAUUCAACCCGAUCCUGUAACAGGCUUAUAUGAUGUGUCCGCCGAUACUACUUCUCAUACCGAUACAAAAUCAAAAAAUCAUGAUAAUUCAAUGGAGAAAAUUAUUGCUGAUUUCUCAUCUGCUAUUGAUAAGAAUCUUCAGACAGAACUUGUAGUGGAAACGCUUCCGCUGCAAUUGUGUUGUAAGAAUGCUCAAAGUUAUUUAACCGCGACACUUUCGUUCAGCGGAAUGUUCUUUCCUGUAGCAGCAAUUCGUCAAAAGUUUUGGCGAGUCAUGCUAGCUCAAUAUGCGUCUGACGGGCAAAUUUCUAGACUUGAGUUCAAUAUUUUAUUGGAUUCGUUGGGUUCGAAUAUUCCAACGGAGACUAUUGAUGCUUUAUUUAACAAGUACCUUAAUGAUUCCGUUACGGAACCCAACGAAGAUUCAUUGAGCGAAGACAAUGCGGUAAGAUGCCUUGAAGACCUUGCAAAGCAAGUACGUCUUGCCGAAAACUCGGACGAUUAUUCCUCAAACUCUGAAAUCUCCUUCGUCACUAGCGAUUAUUCUCUUUCCCCUGAUGCUACAAUAGUUGAUGAUGAUGAGGAAGCAAUGGAUUCACGUCAUGCCACAGGACUACAUUUAAUACGGUUGAAGAAAUGUCCACUGUGUCAAAAGAUAAGUUUUGCAAAAAUGUCACAAAGCAAAGCAAUUAUUCACAUGACCACAUGUGCUACCCAUGAUUGGAAGCGUAUUGAUCGGAUUAUGAUGGCUGACUACGUUACCUCGAGUCAGGCUCAAAAACGUUGGUUCUCAAAAGUGUUUAACAAAGUAGUGUAUGGCAAUUAUCGCAUUGGAGCGAAUUCUGCCAACACGCUCGUUCAAAAUAGAAAGACUGGUCAGAUAGAAGAAGAACGCAUGAAUAUGUAUAUUCGUGUUGGCAUUCGGCUCAUGUAUCGUGGCAUUCGAAAUAGUAGAAUUGAAGGCGCAAGAGUCAAAAAAGCCUUAAGGAAUAUCACAUUAAAGCAAGGCAAGAAAUAUGAUUCCCCUUCUUCUCUUAAAGAUAUACCAGCAUUUAUCAAGUUUUUCCGCUUACCUCUGGAAGAGGUUUAUGUUCCAGAAGGUGGAUUUAAAACAUUCAAUGAAUUCUUUUAUCGCUCUCUCAAACCCGGUUCACGUCCUUGCGCCAGUCCAGAUGACCCUAAAGUUCUUGUUUCACCGGCUGAUAGUCGAGCAGUAUUUUAUGAAAGCAUAGAGGCAGCCACUACUUUUUGGAUUAAAGGUCGUGAGUUUAGCGUUGCUGGACUUUUGGGACCGGACUUUAGCAAGGAUGCGCCAAAUUACGCUGACGGAAGCAUUGCCAUUUUCCGGCUUGCUCCACAAGACUAUCAUCGUUAUCAUUCGCCUGUUCGAGGGGUUGUUGGCAAGACGAGCAAAAUAGAUGGUCAGUAUUACACAGUCAAUCCCAUGGCCGUGCGAUCGACAUUGAAUGUGUUCGGCGAGAACGCACGAACAAUUACGCCUAUCGACUCUCCGGAGUUUGGAAGAGUCAUGUUUGUUAGCGUCGGCGCUAUGAUGGUUGGCAGCAUCGUACAUUCCGUCAAAGCCAAUGACUGGGUUGAUCGCACUGAUGAAUUUGGCUAUUUUAAGUUUGGCGGAAGUACCGUCAUUACAAUUUUUGAGAAGCAUCGAGUCGUUUUUGACGAGGAGCUGAAACGGAAUUCUAAACUUGGCAUUGAGACACUGGUCAAAGUUGGCGAGCAGAUUGGAAGAGCCAUCAACAGUGGCGUUUCCGACGAAAAGAGCGAGUAAGUCAUGAAUAAUUAUUAUUUUCACUCAAGAAGCUAUGGGAAUUUGGCCAUUUUACAAAUAUAUAUCUGCAAUGAAUGUGUCUGCGGAAACGCAACUAAUAGUAGCCAGACAUUUAAAUGAAGAGUAAAGAGAGCACACCCUUGACGUAACCGAGAAUAUCAUCCAUGCCGAGCUUGCUCUCACCGUACAAUCUGUCAACAAAAGCAAUGGGAACUUCACCAAUCUUGUAUCCGUGAGCACGAGCACGGACCAUGAUCUCCAUUUGGAAUUGAUAACCCUUGCUCUUCACCUCAGACAUUAAAGUGUCAAUCACCUCCUUCUUAUACAAGCGGAAACUGCCUGUCACAUCAGACACACCGGGGGCCAAGACGACCUUAGCGAACAAGUUGGCACCACGAGAAAUGAAUUUUCUCUUCAAAUCCCAGCCGUACACACCACCGUUCUUGGCAUAACGCGUGCCGAGCACAAUGUCAAGGUUCUGUUCGCGCUGAAGCUUGAUGAAUUCUGGCAAGUACUUGGGAUGGUGGGAAAAGUCAGCAUCCAUAAUAACGACAAAGUUUCCCGUACAGAACUUCAGGCCGUGAACGUAAGCAGUACCAAGACCAAGCUUUCCGGUACGAGGCUUCAGCAGAAUGUGAUCUUCUCCGUAGAUCUUUUGCAGUUCACGAGCAACGUCUUGAGUUCCAUCAGGUGAAGCAUCGUCAACGAUGACAAUUUCCCAGUUCAACUUUUGUUGAUCGAAUGUCUUGGCGAUCAAGUAAGUAAUGAUAGGGAGAUUCUUUCUCUCGUUGUACGUGGGCAACAGGAUACUGUACUUGUCGGUUUGAGCAGCCAUUUUCGCUUGGACCUUACUUGUCUUGGUGAGCAAGCUACGUGGUAGGAAGGAGAAGCGCCUACCAGCGUAGGUUACACGUGGAGACUAGACUUAGCCAGUUUAGGGCAACGGGGCAAAAUGAUCGGCAUGUAGUGACCGAGGUAGAUCUGCAAACCCCGGAUCAACAUCAAAAGUCAAAUGCCUAAGCGAGACCAACUCCACACUCGAACAAAACAAAGUUUACGCGGGGCACAAAGAACUACAAUAAGAAGAAAUGUACAGCAUCACUUGCGUGUUAACAUUGCCUAUGAACAGAUGCGGUGUUUGAGGAAUACAAAGCUUCCAAAUGUGUGAAUCCUUCCAUUACGAACAGAUUUUAUUUUUCAUUUAGGCACGGCCGAAACCAC